CAGAGCUGCCAUGGCCGAGCCGCCCCGCCCCACUGAGACGGAGUGCGCCUUGCGCCGCUGCCUGCCCCGCCGCCUGCCCCGCCGCCGCAGCAACAUCUACGUCAACAUGAAGACGGACUUCAAGGCCCAGCUGAGCCGCUGCCAGAAGCUCUUGGGUCCCAGCGGGGGCUGCGCUGAGAUCUGCAUCCACGGCCUGGGCCUGGCCAUCAACCGCGCCAUCAACAUCGCCCUGCAGCUGGAGGCCACGGGCGGUGGGUCGCUGCGCUUGGCGGCCAACACCUCCACGGUGGAGCUGGCCGACAUCGCCGAGCCGGAGGGGGACGGCGACGAGCCAUUGGCUAGGACCCGGAACAACUCCGCCAUCCACAUCCGGGUGUGCCGCGUCACCCCAGAGUGACCUGAGCGUGUUGCGGGCUCUGAUGCCAGAGGAACGGGGCCUCCCCGCCAUUCCACGGGCACUGCUGGCCACACAUGGCCCAUGGCUUGGGCCCUCCUUCCCCGAGUCUUUGGGGGCUUCGUAUCCAUUCUGGGGGGCACAUGAUGAGCACCCCCGUGCCCGCCUGACGCUCCAGUCUCCUCACCUGGUUCUGUUGGUUCGUUUCCCUCUUUUCUGGGACUGUGUUGGACAUUAUGGUCAGAACAGCCCCCCCCCCCUCCUCAGGGUUGUCCUGCACCCCAAAAGUGAAUCGAGACCCGGAAGAGGAUUCGACCGCCUCCUGGGCGGGGGGGGACAUCAGGCUGGUUGUCCUGGCACUGAAGUGAACUUGUUACUAAAGGGCAGCCAUUUUUUUCCAUCCACAAAAAGCAUGUGGGGAGAGCUGGAGUGGGGGCUCUGUGUCUUCUG